UCCCGGUCCUCCCGCCACGCCGGGUGCGCCCAGCUCCGCCGCCACCCGGCUCUCCUCGCGCUGUAUCCGCCUAGGCCCGGUGGCGCGAACCCGGCGGGUCAGGUGCAGGGCGCCAUGGCCGAGCCCGCCCCCGGCCCGGUCACGCAGCAGGUCAGCGGCCGCGCGGUCCCAGCCGCGGCCCCGAGCGGUCCCGAGCGCGGGCAGCCCCUGUCCGCCGCGGUGGCCGAGCUACCGGUGCUGGACGCCUCCGGGAGGCGGGUGCCGUUCGGCGCGCUGUUCCGGGAGCGUCGGGCUGUGGUGGUGUUCGUGCGGCAUUUCCUGUGUUACAUUUGCAAGGAAUACGUAGAAGAUCUGGCCAAAAUCCCCAAGAGUUUUUUACGGGAAGCAGAUAUCACCCUUAUAGUAAUUGGACAGUCAUCCUACCAUCAUAUUGAGCCUUUCUGCAAACUGACUGGGUAUUCUCAUGAAAUCUAUGUUGAUCCUGAGAGAGAAAUUUAUAAAAAAUUGGGAAUGAAAAGAGGUGAAGGAAUUGCCUCCUCAGGAAAGAGCCCUCACAUAAAAUCAAAUAUACUCUCAGGAAGCAUUCGGAGCCUGUGCAGGGCAGUGACUGGCCCUCUGUUUGAUUUUCAAGGAGACCCUGCUCAGCAAGGUGGAACCCUCAUCCUAGGUCCAGGUAACAACAUCCAUUUUAUACACCGUGAUAGAAAUAGAUUGGAUCACAAACCCAUCAACUCUGUUUUACAGCUUGUAGGAGUUCAGCACGUGGACUUCACAAGCAGACCUUCAAUUAUCCAUGUGUGAUGGUAUAGACACUUGUCACUUUCAAACGGACCCUUGAGAUAUGACCUGAAAUGUUCAGAGUGUGGUAUCCUUGUGCAGUGUCUAACUUGUUGGCUUUUGCCAGCCUUUAAGGAGUUAUGAAAACAUGAAGAGACCAUGUACUAUUUAUUGCAUUCUGGGAGGCAUUAGUUGUCAAAAAUGUGACAUAUAUUUAUAAUUCUAUAGCUUUUAAAAUUUUACAUAAAAAUUUUAUUUAUAUAAAAUAAAAGCUAUAAAAUUAGAAAUACCAUUCUUUAUAUUAUGGUAUAUCCAUUCAAUGAAAGUUUCUAUUGGCCAUUAAAAAAAUAAAUUCUAAAAAAAAAAAUAAAAAAAAAAUAAAUAAAUUCUUUCAAAGAACAUAUAAAGGGAAAGGUAAGCAACUCACUACCAUUUUACCCAGUGUAAAAAGCAGGAUAUUUAAUUCUGUAAAUAAUACAAUAUGUUUAUAUUUUUGUUUGCUUAAGGAAAAAAAUAUGGGAAAUAAACACACCAGAAUAUUGUCAGUAGGUACCUCUAUGUGGUAGAGGUGUCUUUAUUUUCUUUCCAUACUUUUAUCUCUGAACUGUCCUAUAAUGAGCAUGAUUCAUUUUUUUGGCUAGGAAAAGUUCUUUAAAAAUUAUAUGAAGAAUAUAUUACUACAUAGCAAGCUCCACAAAGUUGCAUUUAUGUAGGUUGCUGUCCACAUGUUUCUAUCUUCAUUGCUUUACUCAGAGGAAAUACAGCAAACCAGACCUUCUGCAUAGCCUGUGUUCAAAGCACCUUGUACCAACACACUCACUAUCCAUUUCUCUAGGAUUUUUGCAAGGAGCAGUAAAAGGAGAAAAAAAGUCUUAUAUAUUUUAAAAUAUGGUUUAGUAUAUUUUCUGAAAGGAUUUUAAGAAUUGUUUAAACUGGGAUCCCUGGGUGGCGCAGCGGUUUGGCGCCUGCCUUUGGCCCAGGGCGCGAUCCUGGAGACCCGGGAUCGAAUCCCACAUCGGGCUCCCGGUGCAUGGAGCCUACUUCUCCCUCUGCCUGUGUCUCUGCCUCUCUCUCUCUCUGUGACUAUCAUAAAUAAAUAAAAAAAAAUUAAAAAAAAAAGAAUUGUUUAAACUAAAAAAAAAAUUGUAAUUUAAAUGUAUACUGCUUUGAUUGCCAGAUGGCUUUUAUUUAGUGUAUUGUUGUCCUCUUUUAUUUCUCUAGUAGGUUUAGUUGGGAAAUUUCUGAGAAAUUCUUUUUUUUUAAUUUAUUUUUUAUUGGUGUUCAAUUUGCCAACAUAUAGAAUAACACCCAGUGCUCAUCCCAUCAAGUGCCCCCCUCAGUGCCCAUCACCCAGUCACCCCCACCCCCACCACCUCCCUUUCUACCACCCCUAGUUCGUUUCCCAGAGUUAGGAGUCUCUCAUGUUCUGUCUCCCUUUCUGAUAUUUCCCACUCAUUUUUUCCCUUUCCCCUUUAUUCCCUUUCACUAUUUUUUAUAUUCCCCAAAUGAAUGAGACCAUAUAAUGUUUGUCCUUCUCUGAUUGACUUACUUCAUUCAGCAUAAUACCCUCCAGUUCCAUCCAUGUCGAAGCAAAUGGUGGGUAUUUGUCAUUUCUAAUGGCUGAGUAAUAUUCCAUGGUAUACAUAGACCACCAUUCAUCUUAUCCAUUCAUCUUUCGAUGGACACCGAGGCUCCUUCCACAGUUUGGCUAUUGUGGACAUUGCUGCUAGAAACAUCGGGGUAGGGGGAUCCCUGGGAGGCUUAGUGGUUUAGAGCAUGCCUUUGGCCCAGGGCAUGAUCCUGGAGACCAGGGAUCAAGUCCCACAUCAGGCUCCCUGCAUGGAACCGGUUUCUCCUUCUGCCUGUGUCUCUGCUCUCUCUCUCUCUCUCUCUCUCUCUCUCUCUCUGCCUCUCUCUCUCUCUCUCUCUCUCUCUCUCUCUCUGUGUGUGUGUGUGUGUGUGUCUCAGGAAUAAAUAAAUAAAAUCUUAAAAAUAAAAAAAAUAAACAAAAUCUUUAAAAAAUAAAUAAAUAAAAAGUAAACAGUAAACAUCGGGAUACAGGUGUCCCGGUGUUUCACUGCAUUUGAAUCUUUGGGGUAAAUCCCCAGCAGUGCAAUUGCUGGUUCGUAGGGCAGAUCUAUUUUUAACUCUUUGAGGAACCUCCACCAAUUUUCCAGAGUGGCUACACCAAUUCACAUUCCCACCAACAGUGCAAGAGGGUUCCCCUUUCUCUGCAUCCUCUCCAACAUUUGUGGUUUCCUGCCUUGUUAAUGUUCCCCAUUCUCACUGGUGUGAGGUGGUAUCUCAUUGUGGUUUGGAUUUGUAUUUCCCUGAUGGCAAGUGAUGCGGAGCAUUUUCUUUCUGAGAAAUUCUGACGAAAAUACAGUAAGAUCAAACUCUUGGUAAUUAUUAGCAAGUAUAUACUGCUUUGAAUUUUUAUAAGCUUUUAUAUCAAGCAUAUGAGGUCACAUGCAAAAAAUAUAUUUUAAGUUUCCAAAUAUUUUAAUGUAUGUUUGUGUAUAUACACAUAGACAAUCGUGUUUUUAAUCAAUAAAAAUGAAAUUUCUCAUGAA